AUGCUUAUUAAAUCUGGAAUAGCUUCUAAUAUAUUAAAGUCCCAAGCUGCUUCAAAAUUAGUUUAUAGAUAUGGACCUUUUAGAUCUCUAAGAUCAGACACUUUACUAAAUAGAAAAAAUACAUUAAAUAAAAAACUGUUUGUAUUUGGCGGAAUAUCAUUAACCAUUGGAGCUUUGUAUAAUUUUUAUUCUGCUUAUGAAAGUAAGAGGGUCUUAGAAACUCCAGAUUUAAAUCCUAUAACUUUUUCCAAAUAUGCAAUUACAUAUAAAGAAAGCAUUGAUGAUACUCAUUUUUUAUUAGAAUUAACGCCAAUUGGAUUAAACUCCAGAGACAUUUGGAAAGAAAUACGAAAUUCAAAAAUUUGGUCUGUAGAGGUUAAACAGCCAGAUAUUAUGGUUGUUCGAAAUUAUACUCCGUUACCUUUAUAUUUUAAUAAAAAAGAUCAAAGACUUCAUCAAGUUCCAUCUGUAAAACAUGUUGAAGAAAAUAAAGAAUUUGAUACCUAUAAUAAUAGUUUAAUGUUUUAUAUCAAAAAAUAUGAAAAUGGGGAAGUUACUAGAUGGUUAUGUGAAAAGCCUAUUGAUGCUAUUGUUGAAAUUCGCGGUCCAAUAAUUGAUCUAAACGUAAAUGAAAUAGUUUCUGAUUAUUCAAGCAAGACUGGCUUAAUUCCUUCGAUACAAUUUAUUACCGCGGGAACCGGUAUUGUAAGUGCAUUACAAUUAGCAUUUCAAGAUUAUAAAGGUUUUAAAAUAAAUUUAGUUGAUGUUUGUAAUGAUAUCCAUGAAUUAGGACCAUUAAAAGAAUUAACUUUGCAACGGUCACUUAAUUCAUCGAUUUUCACCCUUAAAAAUAUUGAAACUAAGAACGACUUAAAACUUAUCCAUGUUCCAAGCACAUUAGCAAAACUAUUAGAUAUCCCAUAUCAGCCCCAAUCCAGAAGUAACAUAUCCACGGCAGUUUUUUCAGCUGUAUGUGGGCCUGAAGGAUUUGUGUCAUUGGUUGCUGGUCCUAAAUUAGGUAAUACCCAAGGACAGAUUGCUGGGCUAUUGGCAAACAUUGGGUGGACAUCUAGAAAUGUUUACAAAAUGUAUUAA